AUGCAUGCUAGAGACUGGUUGUUGGCGUUCAUCGGAGUAUUUCUCCCAUUUCUCCCCGUGGCACUCAAGCGGGGGGUAUGCUCUGCAGACUUCUGGAUCAACAUCGCCUUGUGCUUGCUCGGGUUCUUACCGGCGUUAAUUCACUGCUGGUACAUCAUCUCGUGCUACCCUUACGAGUCGUCGAGCUCGUACAGGGGGGUGACGCUGCCGGGGCGGGAGCCUCAUGGAUACGGCGCAGUGUCGGUCUGA